AUAUGUCAACUAUUCUUUUCAUCACAAGCAUCUAGUUGUGCAAUCACUUGUGUGCCAUUAAUUUGUUCCCUUCUGUUCCAUCUGAUCAAAUGGAAAUCCUGCAUGCGCUGCGCAUUCAGGAUUACAGUCUCCGCUCUAAUAUCUUCCUAAUUGGCCAAAUUAGCAUUGCAGGCUGAUUGUGCCUACGUGAAGGCACUUUGGCAUGAACUGUCAUGAUUAGAAAUGUGACGACAACACCAUAUCAACAAAUGAUUUGCUUCGUAAAUGGCCACGGGACAUGUAGUCUGGUCGAUUUUAAUUCCGACAAUUACAGUCCAUUUGGAGCAAAUUGCAAGACCGACUUGUUGGAACCUAUUAUUCCCGUCACAUCACAUUCAACAAGUGAAAUGAAGAAAGAGCGCACAAUUAGCUGGGCGUCCCCAUACUUCAAGAUUAUCACCAAAGAUGAGCCCCUCAAAAAUAACUCCUUUCGAACAAUUCAUUAAAAUGUUGACCCAUAAAUAUGUCAGAUGCCGCGUGUGAAGCAAUAAGAUCUCAAACAUGUAUGCAGCUUCGGUGCGCUCCUUUGAUAUUUUUCCUUUCAAAAAGUCCAAGGUUUUGUUGUGGAGUGAAGAAAGCAAAAGCCUGUCGUCCACUUGAUUUGAAUCCAAUUAUUUAGGUGGAAAAAAAUUAAUAAAUAUAUUCUGACGCUGUUAAAGCAAUCACUGGAUUCGCCGAAAUUAAAAGCAGCAAGUGUCUCGGGAGGUAAGUGGUUGUGCAUAAAAACAGCAUCGUUGCCUGGUAACCAAAAAACAACAACAACAACAACAACAACAACCCAGCACUGUUUUCACUAUUUGUUUCCACGUGAAUGACGAACACACUGCUUUUCUGGGUGAUCGGCGGCGUUUCACCAAGUGCACAAUUUCACCCAAUCGGAGCUCAGAGCGCGUCCUUGCCUUCUCCCCCGCCCAUCUGUACUCUAAUUGGCUGGUGGGUAAAUCCAUUUUCACACUCCGGGCUGAAUAAGAACUUGGUGCCAAUGUGUCCUUCCUACGAUAUGGUGUUGGAUAGGGCCUGCGUUUAAAAGCCAAAGAGACAGCAGCAGCAGCAGCAGCAGCUAGGCGCCCAUGUCUUUUUAAAAUCAGGCCUCCACCAAGUCACUUUGAUCAUGAGCAUGAGCAUGAAUUACCCAUCAGCGGCUCCUACGCAGAGGUCCACGUCCUUUUUUAUAGAAGACAUCUUAUUGCACAAACCUAAACCUCUGAGAGAAGUGAUUCCAUCGCCUUUCUGUACCUCCGUGGCCUCCCGGAUGCCGAUCCUGGAGUAUGGAUACCCAUUGAUGCCAACGCCAGUAUUAGCUCCACAUCCACAUCAUCCGCUCCACAAACCAGAACAUCACCAGUACUUCUUUACAUCUGGUAUGCAAAUGCCGGCCUUGUUUCAACACCACACCGACUUACCGGGGAAGCACUGCAGACGCAGGAAGGCCCGGACGGUUUUCUCCGACUCGCAACUCUCUGGUCUGGAGAAGAGGUUUGAAAUCCAGCGAUAUUUGUCCACACCGGAGAGAGUGGAGCUGGCGACUGCGCUCAGCCUUUCCGAAACGCAGGUGAAAACGUGGUUUCAGAACCGGCGGAUGAAGCACAAGAAGCAGCUGAGGAAAGCCCAGGAUGAGCACAAGACACCCAGGCAGUCGGAGAGGAACGCAGAGAACUCAAGCGAGAGUGAAUUGACCGACAAGAGUGGCAAGGACCUGAAACGGGACACAUAUUUGCUGGAAGAAAACGACGACGAUGUGGAUAUCGAGGAGGAUAUUUGCUCCACGGAUCAUCUCCUAUAGUAGGCUGCGUGCAUUUAACAUGCAGCACAUUGGAUACGUUUGUAAAUAACUUUAUAUGAUUGCCAUUACAAAUAUUUAGCGUUGAGAAAGAAAAACAAACAAACGAUAGGCCUAUAUUGUGAUGCUCAUUUAUGCACCGGCUGUAAUAUUUAACAUUUGUCUCUUCAUCUCUGUAAAUAAAUUGGAAAUGAUGCAUAUGAUG